AUGAUGCAAUUUAUGCUGCUCUUCUCUCGACAAGGAAAGCUUCGACUUCAGAAGUGGUACUUCUCGUAUUUGGACAAGCAAAAGAAGAAGAUUUGUCGCGAGCUGAUCACACAAAUCCUUUCCCGAAAGCCAAAGAUGUGCGCCUUUCUCGAGUACAAGGACUUGAAGGUCGUUUAUAAGAGGUAUGCGUCGCUCUAUUUUUGCUGUGCCGUCGAGGAGGGUGACAACGAGUUGCUGGCUUUAGAAAUCAUUCAUCGAUACGUCGAACUUCUUGACAAAUACUUUGGAUCGGUCUGCGAGCUUGAUAUUAUCUUCAACUUCGAGAAGGCUUAUUUCAUAUUGGACGAGUUCUUGUUAGCCGGAGAAAUACAGGAAACGAGCAAGAAACAAGUGCUGAAGGCGAUCGCCGCUCAAGACUUAUUGCAAGAGGAAGAGACUCCACAAGGCUUCUUUGAAGACCACGGACUUGGA